AUGCAGAGGCAACCCAGGAUCACCAAAUUUGUUGACAGCCUGCGUAAGCUGCCCGAGGGUGAAAGCAUAGAGCAGUCAAAGCUUGACGAUUACCUCCAACCUUGGGGCUUUACCAUCUAUCGGACGUAUUAUGGACCUGGAUCUGAUGAGCAAUGGGACAAGCUGCUACAGAAAAUCGCCACUAGUGUCAAGCAUCGACUCGACGCACAUAGAGGAUCGAAUGAAGACCCUGCUAUGAUUGCUAAAGCGGAGGAACUCUUCAGACUGGAUGCUCGUUCAGAUCCCGCAGUCUUGGACGGCUUGACACUUGAAGAAGUACGGCAGCUUUACCACGAUGGAACGGGAGGCCAGCCGUUGAACAAAGACAAGGGUCCAUGGCGAAUCUUUAUCCUAGUCGACGCAGACGUUCUGGCGAGCCCUGAGCUUGGCAUGAUCAAGUGUGUAGCGGCGGAUUACGACGCGGUUGCUGCUGUGCCAAAGAAUCCGAGAUUCGGCCCACAGCGUUACUAUGGGUGGUUAACCAUGUCUUCCGAACGCGUAUUGAGUUUGUGGUUUGAAUUGGAAAUGUAUUUCUUCGAGGAAAUCGGCAAUAGUACAGCUGGUGGCCCAGGCGCCUGGUGGGACCCAGACAAAUGA